AUGAUUUACUUGAAGACCUUGUUGAAUGUCAUAGAUAACUCCGGGGCACAAGUGGUGGAAUGUAUCAAAGUGUUACGUCACGGACCAAGAAACUUUGCCAAAGUAGGUGAUCAAAUAACGGUAGUUGUUAAACAAGCCAGACCAUUAAAUGCUGAGAUUACCGGACAAUCGGCCAAUAAUAGAGUGAAAAGAAAAGAUAUAUGCCGUGCUGUUGUUGUAAGAACCAAAGCUCCAUUCAGAAGACCAGACGGUAGUGUUGUUAGAUUUGAUGAUAACGCCUGUGUAUUGAUUAAUCAAAAUGGAGACCCAUUAGGUACUAGAAUUUCAUCAGUUAUCGCUAAAGAAUUAAGAGAUUUAGAAUAUAAGAAAGUCGUUGCUUUAUCUCCAAAAUCUCACUAGAUUUAUCAAUUUUAACGUUUCACGAAUAAAGCUUUAAUUACAAAAAUAC